CACACUUGUGAGUUGUACUUGUGACACUCCGCGUAACCACUUUUCAAUCAGUAGACUCUUUCUCCCACACUAUUCUCCUCUUCAAUGGCAACUUCUUUCGCCACUUCUUCACUAAUCUUUUACUCCACAAAACCCUAAAUUUCAUGCUUUAAUCAGUCACAAGAUUCACUCUGCUCCUUUUUCAGGUAAAGUUCUUAAUCUGAACUUGUCUUAAAUAAUUCCCAAUUGCUUAGAAUAUCUGAAUUUGUUCCAAAAAUUUCAAAGAAUUUCUUGAUUAUAUUCUGAAUUUUGGAAAAAAGAAAAUGAAACAACUUCACAAACAAAGUAGUGGGAAUAGUAUUAGAAGAGAUGAAGAAAUGCCCAUGUCACAGAAUUCACCCUAUUCGCCCAAAUCACAGAAAUACCACAGAUCUUUCCCAAGAUCCAUAAAUUAUCUGCUGAGGGAGCAAAGAUUGUUGUUUAUCUUGGUGGGUAUUUUAAUUGGUUCAACUUUCUUCAUCUUACAACCCACUUUAUCCCGCAUUGGUCCACAAGAUUCGAAUUUUCCGAAAUCAGGGGUUUCGGGUAGGUUGGGGACAAAUGGUAUGGGUAAUUGGGUUGGUGGGAAGGUGGGGAGAGUGCCGGCUGGGAUCGGGAAACGGCGAAUGCGGAUUGUGGUAACGGGUGGGGCUGGAUUUGUUGGGAGUCAUCUGGUAGAUAAGCUGAUUGCAAGAGGGGAUGAUGUUAUUGUCAUUGAUAAUUUUUUCACUGGGAGGAAAGAGAAUGUGGCUCAUCAUUUUGGGAAUCCGAGGUUCGAAUUGAUCCGUCAUGAUGUUGUUGAACCUAUAUUACUUGAAGUUGAUCAGAUUUAUCACUUAGCUUGCCCAGCUUCGCCGGUUCAUUACAAGUACAAUCCUGUCAAGACAAUCAAGACCAAUGUAAUGGGUACUCUUAACAUGUUGGGACUUGCUAAGAGGAUUGGUGCAAGGUUUCUUCUUACUAGCACAAGUGAGGUGUACGGAGACCCGCUUGAACAUCCACAGAAAGAAACAUAUUGGGGGCAUGUAAACCCUAUUGGUGUGAGGAGCUGUUACGAUGAAGGUAAACGAACUGCCGAAACUUUAACAAUGGAUUAUCACCGAGGUGCAGAUGUUGAGGUGCGUAUUGCACGUAUUUUUAAUACGUAUGGACCUCGGAUGUGUCUAGAUGAUGGACGUGUUGUUAGCAAUUUCGUUGCUCAGGCUAUUCGCAAGGAACCAAUGACAGUUUAUGGUGAUGGAAAGCAAACUCGAAGCUUUCAAUACGUCUCUGACCUGGUUGAUGGACUAAUGGCACUGAUGGAAGGUGAGCAUAUUGGCCCAUUCAAUCUUGGAAAUCCUGGAGAAUUCACCAUGUUGGAGCUUGCUGAGGUCGUGAAAGAAACGAUUGAUCCAAGUGCAAGUAUAAUGUUCAAAGAAAAUACAGCUGACGAUCCACACAAAAGAAAACCAGACAUCAGCAAGGCAAAAGAGCUGUUGAAUUGGCAGCCCAAAGUAUCAUUAAGAGAUGGGCUGCCUCUUAUGGUGUCCGAUUUCCGGAAUCGGAUUCUGAAUCAGGAUGAAGGCAAAGCACACUAAUAAAAGUUUGAGCAGAAACAGUGUAUAGUGUGCAAAAGGAAUUGUUUAUUUGUUUGGUUAAUUAAGGUGCUAUUUUUUUUUUCUUUUUGAUAAUUAAUUAAGGUGCUAUUGUCCCAUGUUUUAGCUUCUUGGUAAAGUUUGGAGCAUCCGUAGAAGGAUUCUGGCAAUGUGUCUUAGGAGAAGAAUCCGAUGCACCACCCUCUUCUAUACAUUUUGUGUUUUAUCCUUUUGUCUUAGAAAAAUAAUCUUUGUAGAAAGUGUGUAAUUUAUUGGUCAUAAUGAUUUUAAAUCUUACCCAAAUUAAGGUUAAAGGCAUGAAGUGAAUUCAAUUUCAA